UUUCUAUAGCACUACUGUCAAUUUUUCGUGAAAUUUUAUACUUUAGAGCAGCUACCGAGUGCAAGUUUUAUGAGUUUUAUAUCGAGUUUAUUAGUUAUUAAGGAUUUAUAAUGAAUGCCAGUGCUGUUGAUGAAGAUUACCAAACAUUAUCUCCUACUCAAGAAAUUCUUAGCCCACGAAAACGAAUGCGUUUAGAAAACUCAGCGCGUAAGAGCUGGAGCCUGAUGGACCGUAGGACGGACACAGAAGUUUUGCAAGAAAUGGGUGUCAGUUUAUUAGAACAAGAUGAUAGUGAAAUACAAUGUGACAGUAUUAAUACUAAUACUAAGAGUCUGAAGAGAAAACAUGACAUAGAGAAUGUGAAUCCUAAUGUUAACUAUGUGGCAUCACCAAAGAGUUGUAACACCAAAUAUGCUAAGACAAAGCCUAGUCCCUGCCCUGGUACUUCGAAAAUUAGCCCAAGGAGCUGUGAGAAAGCUCCUCUCCAAGAGAUCCUAGAAACAUCAUUCACAGAGGAAUAUCUCAUUGAAGAGGAAACACCAUUGAAUCAAAUAGGGGCAGACCGUUAUACUAAAGGAGGAUAUAGUGUCACCAGUACUGGAGGACGAAAACUAAACACUACACUAAUAGGUGAAGAAGAAGAAGCGAUUUUAUCCCGUCGAUCACGUGAAGAGCCACAAGGCGAAGAUUCUUUUCGUUCCUUAUCGGAUGAAGUUAUUCUUAGUGUUUUUAAAUGGCUUCCCAAAAGGACACUCGCUCACUGUAUGAUGGUUUGCAAACGGUGGUAUAGAGUAGCGUGCGAUGAAACACUAUGGCAAAGACUGGACCUAGGAAAUAAGACAUUAUCUAAGAACUCCAUCGGCAGGAUAUUAAGUCGAAAACCUGUCAUAUUAAGACUGUCUAGCUCUGAGAUCGGUACAUGGAAACCAGAAACAGUGAGCCCAUCCCGACUUCAGUAUUUGGAUCUAAGUAUGUGUUCUAUAGACUGUGGUACACUCGAAUGUUUGUUGGAACACUGUCCGGCGUUGCGGAAGCUUAGUGUUGAGAAUUUGAAUCUAAGUAGACGUGCCUUGGGUUUAAUAGGUAAAUGUAAUUAUAUGGAAACGUUAAAUUUAGCGAUGUCUCAGGGAAUAGAUGAGGACGGCCUCAGAGAUAUACUCAAAGGAUGUCCCAAUCUGCAAUCGCUGAACAUAUCCUGGUGUAAUUUAGCAGAGAGAACUCUCCAGGAACUGGUUGAGACGCUCCCGCAGAAGCUGUUAAGGCUUAAUAUCAGCGGUGCUAGGAAAAUGACAGAUGAAAUGGUAUCAGCUCUAGUGACACGAUGUCCCCGUCUUCUCGAAUUGGAUCUGUCGGACUGUUCUUCACUAGGCAAAGACGCCCUGACCGCUCUGCUUCCACUGUCGAGACUAGAGCAUUUAGCACUAAGCCGAUGUUACUUAUUACCACCGCAUGCGCUCACUAAGCUGAGCAGUAUGUCGUCCCUGCAGUACUUGGAGGUAUGGGGCAUGUUACCGUCGACAUCUCUUAACGUGCUCAAGACUACUCUUCCAGCUAUACAAGUUAACAAAUUCAUGUUCAGCGCAAUAGCACGACCCACAAUUGGUACGAAACGUACAUCUAUAUGGGGACUACGUACCAGAGACUGAAAUACCUAACCAAAUUUAUAAUAUAUAGUAUAGAAAUGUGAAUUAGUUUCAAAACCAUGUUAUAUUUAAUUUUACAGUGGGCGUAGUAAUUUUACCCUUACAUAAUGUUUUGUAUUAAGUGGAGGGUAUCAGAGAUUUUACGAAUAUUCUAAUAGCUUAUUAUGUCAAAGAUUCGCAUCCUUAUGACAGGGUAAUAAAUAUAGAUAGAUAUCUCAUUUAGAUAGUAUUAUGGGAAAGCUAAAAUUCAUAGACAAAUUACUCCUCAUAAAUUAUUUUUUAUGAUAUUUAUUUUAAAUGAAAGCUGUGCAGAAAGUUAAAAUAAGGAUUAAUAAAAAUACCAUUUACUCUUUUUCUAUCUAUCUAUAUUGAUAUUUUCUCAUGAUGAGAAAGUGACGUUUUAUAGGUGAAAAAACUUUUAUAAAAAAAGAGGGUACCCACAAAGCGAGUGAUAAAUUUGUCUCUGAAUCUUAGGAAUGGAAUCUGGUGGUGCGAGAGAGACGGAAGGUGAGUGUAAAACAGAGAAAGGAAUACAUUUGAUUAAUUGUAUCGUUCCUAUAUUAUGUAUUUUUGCGAUGCUCUUAGAAUUGGUAUAUUAUUCAAAGAUUUAUAUCUAAACUUUAAGUAUAUACUAUAAUUAUUUAUAAGGAAUGGUUUUGGGUAUAAGUCCACAGAUUGCACUGCCAUGUCAAACUAGGAAUUUGACAAAUCAAUUCAAUGUUAUUAAUGUAAGAUUAAAAAAAAGUUUUAGGAGUGUAAUAAGUUUUUAUUACUUCCAGUAUUUAGGUUUGGCGUUUUUUGGCUCGUAGAACAUUGUAAACUGAACGCCGACAGAAUCUAAUUUAAUAAAAAGAACAUGAAUACAUUUUUAUUUAAAUAUGAAUAUAAUAAAGGAAUACAUUUGUUUAUAUUACAGUACUUCGUAAUACUUUAACCCUAAGAUUUAAAAUGUAAAAACUAUUAAUUUUUAAAAUGACUGUAUUCCUAAUUUCCUAUGUAGCGUGUUUCUCAAACACAGAUAGAUUAAACUAAUAAUAUUUGAAAUAAGUAAAAAAUAUAUAUAAUAGGCUUACUAAAGUUAUUACUUCCACGGGAAUGGAACUCGCGACUAACCAAGUUAACGCCUCCGUAGACUCUAUAAAAUGCACACAGUACAAAACACAUGGAGUAUAAUAUUUUAAUUACUUAAAAGAUAGUUAAAAUUACUAACUAAAUUUGUAAUCAACACUACCUUUACUACUUAUUCAAAUGGAUGAUUGUGAGAGUUAGGAUUAUACAACCAGAAUGAUGCAUUUAUCAAUAAUAUAUUCAUGUUCCUUUUUCAUUUGAUUGUACGUUUUUCAUUAAUUUAAAAAACUUUCAUAGUUUGUAAUAGAUACAAAGUAGACAAUAAGAAUAAUUUAUUCGCUGAUGUAUCUGUCAGCUCUUUAUAGAGAUAUCGAUAACUUAACUAUAGAAGUGACGUAAUAUUAAGUUUUUGUAUAAAUUAAUCAAAUAAAGAGUUCACGAUGUU